AUGAGGGCCACUCAAUCUAGGUCUUGGCAGUCACCGGCGGUGGAGAAUUCAACGCCGGGCCAGAAGCACGGCAAAACCACCACGCAGCCCUCCGGAUGUUGCCGGGGGCUUAAGGACUGCUUGAAAAUGGGUUCAAUUGUUUCCACAAAGCGGAGUGAUCAUGAGCCAACUUCCACAUUGGAGCAACAGGUUGCAGACCUAGAAAGAGAAGUGGAAAGGCAGAAAGAAGUCAGGUUUAUUUAUAAGAAGAGGAUGGAGAGAACGCAAGACUAUCUGAGAUACUGUCUUCAAAUAGCGCAGGAAAAUGGAUUCUUGGAUCUUAUUGUCCAAAACAAAGAUGCUCCUCCCACUCCUCAAACACCAACACCCCUGCAUCAACACUCGGAGCUUGCUUCUCUAAUUGAUGUAGCCAAGCUAAAUGGCUGGUACAUUGCUCCAGAUGAGAUUGAGCUGCAAGAGAAAAUAGGACAUGGAAGUACGGCCAACAUUCACAGAGGAACAUGGCGCGGACUUGAUGUGGCGGUGAAAUGCAUACGACCCGAUUUCUUCCAAUCAAACGACAAAGGCGUAGCCUUCUUCGCCCAAGAGAUGGAGACAUUGGCGUGUCAACGACACCGUUUUGUUCUCCAACUGAUGGGCGCGUGCCUUGACCCGCCAUUCCGCGCGUGGGCGGUGACUGAGUUCUUGAGCAUGACACUGGAGGAGUGGCUUCAUGGGCCUGAUAAGAGGCGGAUCAAGGAGAGGAUUACACCGCUUCCUCAGUUCAAAGAAAGAUUGGGCCGGGCUUUGGAGAUAGCUCAGGCCAUGCAGUAUCUCCAUGCCCAAAGGCCCAAAGUUCUUCACCGCGAUCUGAAGCCCAGCAAUAUUUUUCUGGACGAUGCAUUGCACGUGAGAGUCGCGGAUUUUGGUCACGCUCGGUUUUUGAGUGAAGAAGAGAUGGCACUCUCUGGUGAAACAGGAACUUAUGUCUAUAUGGCUCCGGAGGUCAUCAAAUGUGAGCCUUAUAAUGAAAAGUGUGACGUUUAUAGUUUCGGUAUUAUACUGAAUGAGCUUAUGACCGGAGAAUAUCCCUACAUUGAGCUGGAUUAUGGUCCCACUAAGAUCGCCAUGGAAGUUGUAGAGAGUAAUCUAAGGCCAAGACUUCGAGAAGACGAUGGCCAACUUGGGGAGCUCAUUGACCUCAUUUGCCGAUCAUGGAAUGAAGAUGCUGCUAUUAGGCCACCCUUUGCCACGAUCACUUCCGUUCUAAAAAGACUUCAAAACCGGCUGUUGGAAAAUAGUGUUAACCUGUAA